AUGACAUCUGAAAUUAGUGAAUCUGAUAGGAAAUUAUUGGAAGAAUUGCGCGGGAAAAUAUCUAGAGAACUGGAAUUGGUUCCAGCUUAUAAUGAUGAUUUUUCGUUGAUGAGAUGGCUUAUUGGAUGGGAUCGGAAAGUUGGUUAGUUCUCUGGAAUUUUCAGCGAAAAAUUUUGAGAAAAAUGAUGGAUUUUGAGGUAGAAUUGAGUGAAAAUAGCAGAUGCGCCCCAUUGAACAUUUUCUGUUUUUUUGAAAAAUUCAAAUUUUCAUUUUUUUUUCGUAAAUUUUGCAAUUUGUAGCGAAUUUCGACCCAGAAAACCGGAAAUUCAUUAUUUUCCAAAAAUUUUUCAAAAAUUUCCUUUUUCAAUGUAAAACUAGCAAAAAAUAACCCAUAAAAUAUACGUUUCAAAAAUUUCCUAAAAUUUUCAAAUAUAUUCACUAAUUUAUUUUUUUUAUUCAGUAUUAAUACAAAAAAAAUCGAAUCCAAGCCAAAAAUCUAAGGAUUUUUCUCACAAUUCAAAUUUUCCCACUUUUCUGUGAAAAAAUUCGGAGUGGCCGACGGUUGACGGGUUUUGCGAGGCGACGAGAAAUGUGUGCGGAGUGGGCGGGGCUUAGUUUUGAGAGCGCGUUUUUUGAGGAUUUUUUGAAAUUUUGAGUUGAAAAUCAAAGAAAUUUUGAAUUUUCACGCAUUUUUCAGACAUCGUGGUGCCAAAAAUAAAAUUCUCACUUCGCGCAAUCCACGCCUUAGGCCUAGAUUCCGAAGAUUUAUCAACAUUGGAAAAAGUCACGGCAAAAUGCGAUGAUUGUAGUGUUCCUUUAAGAUACCUCCCUGGAUCUCUAAUAGGUUUGGAUAAGGAAAAUAAUGUAUUAUCACUUCAAAUGAUCGGACAUUUGGAUGCAGCUGGUCUGAUGCCAGCAACAAGAAAUUCGGAUUUAUACAAAAUGCGAAUCGCUGAAUCGGAAGGAGUUAUGCAAAUUAUUCGAGCAAUGGAAAAAGAGCACAAAAAACCGUUUGGAACAUCGGUGAUUUUUGAUUUGGAUGGUCUUUCGAUGGCUCAAAUUGAUAUGUCGGCUUUGAAGGUUGUUACAACAAUGUUGACACAGUUACAGGAGAUGUUUCCGGAUGUUAUUCGGAAGAUUUUUGUGAUCAAUACACCCACUUUCAUACAAGUUUUGUGGGGAAUGAUUUCACCGUGUUUGGCGAAACAAACACAACAGAAAGUCAAGAUUUUGGGAAAUGAUUGGAAACAACAUUUGAAGGUAGGAAAUGGGCUGAUCGAAAGAACAAUUCACGAAAAGUCGUAGGUCAAAAUUAGUUUUUGCGAGUUUUUCAGCCAAAAAUGAUGACAAAUCGAUAUUUUUCAAGCUUCUGGAGUAAUUUCUGAUGAAAAUUGACCUUGGAAUUCACUUUCCAGAUGGUUUUGCUGAUUUUUCGAAAAAAAAAUCAUAAAAUAAAGCGAAAUAGGGUUCUCGAAGCUUAUUUUCAUCAGAAAUUACUCUAGAAGCUUCGAUUUGUGCUUCGAGAACCCUAUUUUGCUAUAUUUUAUGAAUUUUUUUGAAAUUCAUCAGCAAAACCUUCUGGAAAGUGAAUUCCAAGGUCAAUUUUCAUCAAAAAUUACUCCAGAAGCUUGAAAAAUAUCGAUUUGUCAUCAUUUUUGGCUGAAAAACUUGGAAAACUAAUGUUUUUUCAACAUUUUUUGACUUUUCGUGAAUUGAUCUUUCGAUGUUAAAAAAAACAUUUUUGAACAUUUUUUUCGUUUGUGAAUCAGCCCUAAAAGAUUUUGAAUAACAAACUUUCAGAAAUUUUUAGACUGAUUAAUUUACAGUAAAGGAGGCCGAAUAGGAAAAUGCUAAUUUGUAUAGAACUAUUACGAAAAUUUUGAAACAGUGAUAAAUUCAGCGAAUCCCAGAAUAUUCUGAUAUUGUCGAAAUUAAAAAAUGUGGCCGCCGUGAAAAAUGAAAACCAGUGCAGAACUGAAUGAAUGAAAACAACUGAACUUCGUCAGUCGCGUGCGGCUGUGCGGCGCGGUCGAAAAUAAAUAGAAAAAAUUUUCGACCGCGCCGCACAGCCGCACGCGACUGACGAAGUCCAGUUGUUUUCAUUCAUUCAGUUGUGCGCUGGUUUUCAUUUUUACGGCGACCACAUUUUUCAAUUUCGACAAUAGCAAAUUAUCACGUUAUCAAAAAGAAAAUUCAGGAAUUUUACUUAUUCACAUAGAAAAAAAUAAAACAUUUUUUGCUGCUGUCCGGUGUUUGCAGACUCGAAAAAAGCCCGUUUCGUUUUCACGUUUUUCCACGUGUCAAAGAAAAUUCGUUCUUUUUUCCAUUGAAAUGUGGAGAGUGCGCCGCAAAAUUGCAAAUUUUGAAAAUAAAAAGAGGGCGGAGUCGUGUGUCUUCACGCGGUCAGAACAAUGAGUCCGCAAUUUCACGUGAAAAAGAAAAAUGUUUUAUUUUUUUCCAUGUGCUUAUUGAAAUUUUGAAACAGUGAUUCUUUUCAUUGAAAAAUAUACUCAAACCCAAAAAAAAAAACCCCAAUCACUUUUUUCUAGGAAAACAUUGGUGAAGAAGUUCUAUUCGAACGUUGGGGUGGAACGCGUCAAGCCGAAACCGAAUACGGUUUCGUUCGAAUGGGCGGAAAAAUCCCGGCAGAACUUCGCUACGACCCAACAAACGAUCUGCCCGCCGAAAAACUGACGAAACUCUCAAUCUCCGCCAGAUCAACAUCUUUCGUACCAAUCACGCUGGAAGGCCAAAAACCCGGUCGAAAAUUGUAUUGGUGGUGGCGAAUCGAGUCGAAUGAUAUUAAUUUUGCGAUUUAUCGAUCGGCUGAAGGACAAGAGAAAGUGGCUGAACAUGAUGAUGAUUUUAUGGUUUUCCCGAAAUUUAAAUUGCAGACCGAAUUUGUGCCCGAAGAUGGAGAGGUUUGUGCAAUUUUUCAUGAGCUCUGAAUAUAGUUGGACAUCGACUAAACGACAUUUCCAGGUUUUUUAAGCAAAUGAGUUAAAAUAUUGGGUUGUAAUGUUAUUCAUAUGAUAGAAUGUUCUAAGACGAACAGAAUGAUAUAAAUUUUGAUGACUUUACGUUAUCCAUAAGUGAUUUAGCGGCUUAUCGACCAAAUAUCAACUAAACCUCGCUAAAUCACUUAUGGAUAGCGUAAAGUCAUCAAAAUUGAUAUCAUUCUGUUCGUCUUCGACCAUUCUAUCAUAUGAAUAACAUUACAACCCAAUAUUUUAACUCAUUUGCUUAAAAAACAUAAAAAUGUCGUUUAGUCGAUCUCCAACUAUAGCUCCGAAUAUAAGUAAUGACGUGGCAAAUUUUGAAAAUGUGUGAUUUUACAAAUUUGCCACGUCAUAAGCUCGAAACGGUCAGAAUCUACUAGAAACCUAGGUCCAAUCCAAAAAAUUUCCAGAUCUCCGCCUCCGAGCCCGGUGUCUACAAAUUCGUCUUCGACAACACCCACUCAAAACUUCGCUCAAAAUCCGUCAAAUAUUUCAUAGAAGUCAGAGAACCAUAA